UUCGUUUUUGGAUUUAAUUCUCUCAGCUAGCUUCCCUCGCUAACAUUUGCAGUGCUCGCGGUUCUUUGUUGCAUUUGCUGGUGAGAAGCUCAGUUUCCUAGGGUUUUCAUUCCAUGGCGUCGCACGCUCAUCUCGAUGAUGAUGAUGAUUUUGGAGGCGACUUCACUGGAACGCACAGCAAUAGGCAUUCAGGAAAUAAGAGAGGUUUUGGAGAUCUUGAAGAUGACGAGGACGACUUCUUUGGCUCCAAAAAGGCUAACUCUAAAGUAGAAGAAACUGCUCCAGGUGUAGCGACAGGAAUGAUUCUGUCUCUUCGAGAGAGUCUGAAAAGCUGCGAGGAUACGCUUGCAACAUGCCGGACAGAGCUUGAAACUGCUAAGUCUGAGAUUCAGAAGUGGAUUUCUUCAUUUCAGAACGAGAAUUUCAUUCCUGCUGGGUCUUCCCCUGAACCUAAAUAUGUGGUCAAUUAUCUUCAAUCCCUGAAGUCAUCAGAGGAGUCUGCAAGAGACCAGCUAGAAAAGGCAAAGAAGAAGGAAGCUGCUUUUAUUGUUACUUUUGCAAAACGAGAGCAGGAGAUUGCAGAGUUGAAGGCUGCAGUCCGGGACUUGAAAGCACAGCUGAAGCCACCAUCAAUGCAGGCAAGGAGAUUAUUGUUAGAUCCUGCAAUACAUGAAGAGUUUACUCGUCUGAAGAACUUGGUGGAAGAAAAAGACAAAAAGGUGAAGGAGUUGCAAGAUAACAUUGCCGCAGUCAGUUUUACUCCGUCUAGCAAGAUGGGUAAAAUGCUAAUGGCUAAAUGCAGGACUCUGCAAGAAGAAAAUGAGGAGAUAGGAAAUCAAGCUGCUGAAGGAAAGAUGCAUGAAUUAGGAAUGAAGCUUGCCUUGCAGAAAUCCCAAAAUACAGAACUUAGAAGUCAAUACGAAGCCUUGCAGAAACAUAUGGAAGGGCUGACAAAUGACGUUGAGAGAUCAAACGAAUUGGUUAUCGUUUUGCAAGAGAAACUAGCCGAGAAGGACCGCGAGCUUCAAAUCUUGAAGGAAACUUUAGAACAGCCGAAGAGCCCAAUAGUCGAGGAUGAUAAGGCUGAUUCACCACCUACCGAGAAUCUGCCCAAAGACGAGGCUAUGAUUUCUGGCGACGCUGAAAGCUGAGAUCAAAUAGAUGAUAUCAAAAUUUUGUAACAGAUCAAAUCUAAGUUAAUCUAAGUUUUCCUCCUGUAUAUGACAUUCAAUUUCCUUACCGUGACAUUUUAUUUAUCAGCUACUUUAAGUACAGUAUGUUUUAUGGGAGAACAGUGAAGGUGUCUCGGCUCUACUAAAGGGGUGAAAAUCAGGAUUAAUUUUACUUAUGGUUAUUUAUAUUUCAUCUUAGGUAAAAUGUGAAAAAAGCACAACAUUUAUAUUUCCUA